CUCCGAACGCUCGUAACACGUGGAACCUGCUCCGACAUCUAAUGAACCCGGCCGGAGGCGAUCUCCGAGCACGCCAACAGCUUGAGCGAAUCUUCCAUCAGUAUCCUGGGACACCAGAUGAGCUCAAACAAGAGCUCAUUAACACCUACAUCCGCCCCGAACCGGCAACCACCCUUCCCCCCUAUCAGGGCUCGGCCAACCCUGGCCUAGACGCCCCGAUCUCUUUAGCGGAGGUCCGUGCAGAACUCAAUCGCCUCAAGACCAAUUCUGCGGCCGGCCCCGACCGCAUUUCUAACACGAUGCUUAGGAAUCUAGAUGACGCCUCUAUUCACGCCCUCACCGACUACCUUCAAGAGUGUUGGGCGAGCGGUACCAUCCCGCAGGAAUGGAAGUGCGCCAAGCUAGUCUUCAUCCCCAAGCCGGGAAAACCACCCACCUUGGCCAACCUCCGUCCCAUCUCUAUCACGUCCUGUGUUGGGAAGUUAAUGGAACACGUUAUCCAGUCCAGACUUCUUCGCUACCUCGAAGACAACCACCUCCUACCAGACACGAUGUUCGGUUUCCGUCCUCACUUAGCAGCCCCCGACAUAAUGCUUCUUCUCCAUCACCAGGUAGUCAUGCGUCGCACACUAGACACGAAAGUCAUCGUCGGCCUCGAUGUUGCCAAGGCCUUCGACAAUAUCCUCCAUGAAGCGAUUCUUCAACAACUCCAGACUCUCGGCGUCGGACAUCGCACGUAUGCAUACGUCCGAGACUUCCUGACCGACCGCAAGAUACAACUCAGCGUCGGCACGGGACAUCCCUCCAUCAUCUCUCCUGGCAACCGCGGCACGCCGCAAGGCUCAGUGCUCUCGCCGCUGCUUUUCAACGUUGCACUGAUAGGCCUGCCCAAGCUUCUGGCUGACAUUCCCCACCUACACCACAGCGUUUAUGCUGACGAUCUUACUCUUUGGAUCACACACGGCAGUGACGGCGAGAUCGAAGAGACUCUCCAGACCGCCAUCGAUCGGGUCGGAGGCUAUCUGGAUACAGUUGGCCUCAGCUGCUCGGCGACUAAGUCAGAGUAUAUAAUCAUCCCGUCCCCAGGACGACGCCCACAAAAAAUACUUCCUGAGAUCAACCUCCAGGUGCAAGGAAACCCCAUCCCUCGUACAGAUCACAUCAGGAUUCUGGGCCUACACCUACAGGCAAACGGCAGCAACAAUAUAUCGCUCCAACGCAUCGACCAGUCGGUGCUACAGAUCGGACGUCUUCUCAAGCGAGUCUCCAACAAGCACCGAGGUAUGCGAGAGUGCAACCUCCUGCGCCUCGUCCAAGCCUUCAUCUGCUCCCGCAUCACCUACUCCGCACCUUACUUACGUCUCAUCCGCGCCGAAAGCGAACGGCUAGAGGCGUCACUUCGAAAAGCAUACAAGACGGCCCUGGGUCUUCCCAUGUCAACAGCUACUCACAAGCUUAUGGCUCUCGGCAUCUCCAACACCGUGAGCGAACUGAUCGAAGCUACCCUCACCGCCCAAUACGAGCGGUUGUCACUCACACACGCUGGCCGCGCGGUACUGCAGCAAGUUGGGAUCUCACCAACGAGGGCGGCCCCCAAUUAUAUUGACCUUACACAGGAAUAUCGUCAAAAUCUCCGAAUACCUCCCAUUCCCAAACGGAUGCAUCCGGAACACCACGCCGAGAGACGGGCCGAUCGUGCACGACAGUUCGAGAAACGCUUCAGUGGACGUCCAGAUGUCACGUAUACGGACGCCUCUUACCACCCCUCGAAACCAGCGAUGGUGGCGGCAGCCCUCGCCCCGCACCGUAGCUGGUACACAGCCUGCAGCAUUCGCAACGCAGAAACAGUCACCGCAGCAGAGGAGGUUGCCAUUGCGCUUGCGCUAGCUGAUCCUAUUACCAAAGUCGUCCUAAGUGAUUCUCAACAGGCGAUCCGCAACUACGAUGCCGGCCGUAUCUCUCGCCCGGCAUCACACAUUCUGCAUUCUACUCCCCCCUCCUCCACAUCCCGCUUACUCCUGUGGGCUCCAGCCCAUGAAUCGCUCAGGGGAAACGUCCAGGUGCAUACACUUGCUCGAGAUCUUAGCUGCCGAGCCGAGUGUAGGAUCCACCGCCCCGAUUCCCCUGACACCACUAUCUCGCGCGAUUCUCUACUCACCACUUACACGGACAUCCUCCAGUACUACCGACUCGGGAGAUGCAUAUAUCCUCCCGCACACCGUGAUCUAACAAGGCGCGAGGCCGUCCAAUGGCGCAAACUACAAACAGGUAGCUUCCCACACCCCCUCUUAUACAGUAAAAUCUUUCCGCAACAAAUAACGCCUCGGUGCAAACACUGCUCAGCUCCGGCCACUCUCAUACACAUGGCGUGGACUUGUACGCACGACAACACAGACAAAACAAACACCCCAGAGUCGUGGGAGUCCCUCCUGCGUAGCUCCGAGCCAGCAGACCAUCUUUAUGGACUUCGGAGACACGUGGACACCAUUCGCAUCCCGGUCCGACGCCAAGCUGGCCCUCCAGGCCUCUCCAAGCAUCCGAAGCGGCGCGGCGCCGCGCUAACCCUAAGACGCCGCGCCUGGACUUCUGGAAUGCAGCGUCUCACCAAGCCCCUGCAUCCAGCACUCACCGAUGGCCCGCCGGCCUCCUCUUCUCUCGCCGCCAGCACCACCAUGCCUACUCUGUCAACUCUCAACGCCACUAGCGACGUCAACAGUUCCAGGCCGGCUGCCCUGUCUCAACCGGCUGCGUUCCUCAGCUCCGCGCACGACACCGUGAAAAUUCCGGCAACAUUCAACGCUGCUGUGCCUAAAGAGUUCCCUGCUCUCAAUAUGUGCAACGAUUCUGUUGUGGAUCGCGUCUUCCGCGACCUUGGCGAUGCAGGAGGUAGGAGUUAUGGGCCUCAAAUUGGCGAUGUGUGGGGGCUUAUCCGGCUUAGGGAUGAUUACUACUUUGACGGUGCGCCAUUCUUCUGGGACUUGGCCUGA